AGAGAGAUGAUGCUUCCCUGAAUUUUCCUUCAUGUGUGGUAAAAGAGCUUCUGAGUAAAGGAACCAGAGAGAGAGAGAGAGAGAGAGAGAGAGGGAGAGAGAGCGAGCUUCCCUGAAUUGACAGUUUUAUGUAACCUCAAACAUUUUUGAGUGACUACGCAAAGGAUUCAAGGAUUCGUGAACAAAAUUGUCGGAACUCGUAAGGAUAUCAACGUAUCGUUGAAUAUUGACGAACAAAUGUAUGUCAGCUCGACAGUAUUUCUCUUUUUUUUCUUUAAGAGUACGUAACAUCUUUUCAUGCGAAUCGAUAUUUCAUAAGCCUCAGGAACAAGCAGCAUCAAACAUGUUACGUAAAUCAUUUGUCUUUGACAUCAAGUAGAUGAUCAAGUAGAUCAAUUCGUAAAUUGGACCCAUCUUUUACUUUAACGUACAAAACAAAGGAAGAAAAUAUGCAUGCGACACGAACUGACACUUCCGAGAGGCGAUUCGAGAUACAAUGUAAAUUAGAGUCGGAAAUCGCUGCAUUGGAGGCUUUAAAGGAAGCGGAGGAACGUAGCCGGCGACUGACAAAUGGUGUAGUAGGAAUACUCUCUUCCCUGGAAGAACGUUUAGCCACGCUACGUCGUACCAUACUUCCCGUCUAUAACGAGACGGGCAAUCUCCAAGCUCAACAGCACAAUAUAGAAAAGACUUUGAGCGUACUGGAUCACGCUAUCGGAUAUUACGGUGUGUGUCAAGAAGUGGAGGAUGCUGUGCGCGCCGAACCGAGUGGUCCCAGUGGUUUGGAUGGCUUUCUUGAAGCUAUGAAUCGUUUGUACAACGCGCAACGAUACUUUCAAAAGAACAAUCCUAGCUCUGUCGAAUUGGAAAAUGUCACGAGUCUCUUCUCGAUCGGUUUAGAAUCGCUUUAUGCUGAAUUCCAUGACAUUCUGACUCGCCAAAGUAAGCCAAUCCUACCUAUCGUUCUUUUGGAUCUGAUCGGUUCUGACGAGGACACUAGUGGCGAGGAUGCGCCGCAGUCUUUGUGUCAAUUGCCGGAGAGUAUCAUGAGCGAUUUACUCAAGAUCGCUGGGUGGCUCGAGGAAAGAGGGCAUCGCAAACACAUCAAGAUAUACGCUUCUGUGCGUUCCGCCAUUGUCUCAAGAUCUUUGCAAUUGCUCAAGGAACAUCAAAGGAGCGCCAGUGGUGGUAGCACGCACGCGGGAAGUCCUAUGCCGAGAGCCAAAUUUGCUAAUCGGCACUCGCUGGGCGGUCAAGAGAACGCGGGGCGUAGAGCGUCACGUCGGCUACAACAUGCUUUGGAGAAGAAAGCAAACAGAAUGUUGUUGAAAGCGUCGCAAACGACGGGUUUAAACCUGUCGUUGACGGCAUCCAGGAAACCGACUCCGCAGCUCUCCGUAUACUCGAUCGAGGACGCGGCACCGGACGAACAGGAAAUGGAGAAUUACCUUCUGUUAACCGCCGGCCUCCACAAACUCAUGCAGGCCGAGCGAACACUGGUCGCAAAAAUCUUGCCGGCUUCGCUGCAAGCACAAGUGCUCGAGGCUACUGUUCGCGACGCGAUGGAUCUCGUCGCGCACGAUGGGGAUAGCAUAGCUACGCGCGCCAAACGAUGUAUCUCGAGACGCGACUUCUCCGCGGUUCUCGUCGUAUUCCCAAUUUUGAAACAUCUCGGUGAAUUGAAACCUGAUCUCGAGAGAACGGUCGAGGGCUGCGAUUACGCACUCCGCUCAAAGUUCGCGUCAGUACUCGACACACUGAACGCAACCGGUGCCAAAGCCUUGGAAGAUUUUGCGGAGAGCGUGAGAAAUGAAUCCGGUGCGGCUUUGCCGAAAGACGGCACCGUAGCAGAAGGAACUAGUAAUGUUUUAGUUUUUCUGGAACAAUUAGCCGAAUAUGCUGACACGGCUGGCGCUGUUCUUCGUCGUAACACCGACAUAGAUCAAACCGUAUCGUCCGGAAAAAAUGCGGAAAACGGACACAGAAUUGUUCUCGGUGUAUAUGUCAAAAAGGUUCUCGCUCAAUUGAAUUUAGCUCUAGUGAGUAAAAGUGAUGCAUCUUACUCUGAUCUUGCUUUACGGGCUUUAUUUCGGCUAAAUAAUCAUAAUUAUGUGGUUAAUGCUUUGCGCCGAAGUUCUCUUAUGGAACUGCUGCUACUGGCUGAGCCAAGUGCAGAACAGACAUAUCACGAUCUACUUUUCAAGGAUAGAAACAAUUAUGUCACUACAACAUUUGCAAAAGCACGAUCGUAUCUCGAGCAAUCCGCAGAUGAAACAGAUCUUGCCGCCAAAACAUUAAAGGAAAAAUUUCUGGGAUUUACAAGAGAACUCGAGGAAGUGGCCAAGUGUCAACGUUCUUACUCUGUACCUGAUAGACGUUUACGCGAAGAGCUGAGAAAGGAAUUGCACGAAGCAAUCGUUCCUUUAUACACUGCGUUUCAUAACAAAUAUCGCAGCGUGUCGUUUUCGAAGAAUCCGAGUAAAUAUGUCAAGUAUACGCCCGAUCAGAUUUCGGCGUUGAUUAAUACAUUUUUCGACACCGCCGCAUAAUACAAGCUGUAUAAUCACGAGAGAGAUGAUUGUUCUCUCGACAAAGAAUAGUUUCGAAUAUUUAGUAAACACCCAUUUAAUAAAGCAUAUUUAGUUACAAUA